CUAAGAUCAUCGCACAGUAUUUGAACGACAACGAAGCUUUUUUGACCGUAAUUAUGUCAUGAUCUCGAUCAUAUAUCGCCGCCGUGGCGCAGCCGUCGCGUCACUCCCAAAGCUCGCCGGCACUGAAUUCUUAUCUUCUCCGAUCGUAAUUAACCCCAAAAAUAGAAAAAGAAUUUCCAUUACAAUUUACAAUCCCUUGAUCCCUCUUUUCCGAUAAACAUCUUAAGAAUUUCUCAAUUUCUCCAGAAAUAGUUUGUCAAGAAAUAAUUAAUAAUUUCUCACGUUAGUACUCCUUCGUUCUCAUUAAUACGUCGUCGUUCUUUCCUGGUUUUUUCUUUUCCUUUUUAUUCUGUAAAUUUCCUCCAGAAACAUCGAGAAGGGAGAUUAUCCAGAAAAGGAAACGGUUGUUCGUUGAGUUUUGAAACGUUCUUCCAACAUUCCGCGUGUCCGAAGCGCAAAUCCAACGGCCUAAAAAGUCAAUUAAGGCAUAAGAAAAUGAUCGAGGGUGGGAGGGAUCCAAGUCAAUCGUUUGCAUUAGAGUCGUUUUUGCAAAUAUCCACCAACAAUUCCAUCUCCAUUUCUUCCUCAAUUCCCACAACAAUUCUUCCUCGGCUUCGAUCGAAUUCGACCCUUCACAUGUUCUUCAGCUGAUGACUGAAUUCGAGGCAGCUGAAGAGGAUCGUCAAGAUCGAAUCCUUCGGGGAAUUCAUGGCGGCACCAUUUGUCGGUUUUUCUUGCCUCGAUUUUUUUUUUUUUUUUUGGGGGUAGCUUGUAAUAUUCUUACAUCUUGAUUUCCUUUUUCUAUUUUUUAUAAAUCCCCUUUUACCAACUGGGUUUUCCAUUUUCGAGUUAUUGGGGGUCGAGGACAAACUCCUUGGUUGUCUGCACAAAUAUUUGUUUAUUACUGGGUAGUUGGGAGAAAGACCACCUUUCUGAUUUUUAUUCCCUUUAGGUUUUUGGUAUCUGGAAGAAAAAGAAAAGAAAUCAGCUAAAUAUCCAUUCUCAAUUAAGCUGAAUUUCAUUAUUACACCAAGAUCUUCUUUCUUCCUCUUCUAUUUGUUGAUUUCCAGAGGAGAAGUAUGAGAACAGGUAAGAAGAAGAGGCUCAACUUGAGCAAGUUCUCAUUCAAACGUGACAAGAGAUCAUCCAAAGAUGAAGAACAACAUUCCCAGAUUGGCGGACCGGGUUUUUCCAGAGUGGUUCACUGCAACGAACCGGACCGCGCCGACGCCGCCCUCCGAAACUACGCUACAAAUUACGUUCGGACAACCAAGUACACCGCCGCAACCUUCUUACCCAAGUCUCUGUUCGAACAGUUCCGGAGAGUCGCCAAUUUCUACUUCCUCGUCACCGGAAUCCUGUCCUUCACCUCCCUCGCCCCUUACUCUGCAGUCAGCGCCAUUGUUCCCCUCAUUAUCGUCAUCGGAGCCACCAUGAUUAAAGAAGGCAUCGAAGACUGGCGCCGUAAACAGCAGGACAUUGAGGUCAACAACCGAAAGGUGAAGGUUCAUGAAGUCGGCGGCAAGUUCAAACAAACCGAAUGGAGACAUCUAAGAGUGGGAGACAUAGUUAAGGUACAGAAGGAUGAGUUCUUCCCUGCAGAUUUAGUUCUCCUUUCGUCGAGCUACGAAGACGCCGUCUGCUACGUCGAGACAAUGAACCUCGACGGUGAGACGAAUUUAAAGCUCAAACAAGCGUUAGAAGUGACAUCAAGUACGAUAAAUGAGGAGGAGGACGUUAAAGAUUUCAGGGCUGUAAUAAGAUGCGAAGAUCCUAACGCUCAUCUGUACAGCUUUGUCGGAACCAUGGAAAUCGGGGAACAUCAGCAUCCCCUGUCUCCUCAGCAGCUUCUCCUCCGAGACUCGAAGCUGCGAAACACGGACCACAUAUACGGAGCCGUUAUUUUUACGGGACACGACACGAAGGUGAUUCAGAAUUCGACUCCUCCUCCCUCCAAGAGAAGCAAUAUCGAAAGGAAAACGGACAAGAUCGUCUACUUUCUAUUCGGGCUUCUAUUUUCGAUGGCUUUUGUCGGCUCGGUUUACUUCGGGAUCGUUACGAAAGAGGACUUGGACGUCGGGCAUCGAAGAUGGUACCUCAGACCCGAUAAUACGAGACGGUAUUUUGAUCCGAGCAACGCUCCGGCUGCUGCUGUACUGCACUUCUUGACAGCCCUGUUGCUGUACAGUUACUUGAUACCGAUUUCUCUGUAUGUGUCGAUCGAAAUCGUUAAGGUGCUUCAAAGCAUCUUCAUCAAUCAGGAUGUGAAUAUGUACUACGAGGAAGCUGACAAGCCGGCUCAUGCCCGGACAUCGAAUCUGAAUGAGGAGUUAGGGCAGGUAGACACGAUACUUUCAGACAAGACGGGCACGUUGACGUGCAACUCGAUGGAGUUCAUCAAGUGCUCGGUGGCGGGGACUGCUUACGGGCACGGGAUCACAGAAGUCGAGAAGGCUAUGGCGAAGAGGAAAGGGUCGCCAUUGGUGAACGGGAACGGGAAAGAGGAUGACGAGCAUCGUCCAGGGACACCGCGAAGGCCAUCCGUUAAGGGAUUUAAUUUUGACGACGAACGGAUCAUGAACGGGAAUUGGGUGAAGGAGCCUCGCUCAAACGACAUCCAGAAGUUCUUUAGGCUGCUGGCGCUUUGUCAUACGGCGAUACCCGAUAAGGAUGAGAGCACGGGGAAGGUUACGUACGAGGCAGAAUCGCCGGACGAGGCUGCUUUCGUUAUUGCAGCUAGAGAGAUCGGUUUCGAGUUCUUUAAAAGGACACAGAAUAGCGUUCAUGUCCGUGACUUAGACCCCGUGUCGGGGGAAUAUGUCGAAAGGUCGUACAAGAUACUGAAUGUUUUGGAGUUCAACAGCGCGAGGAAGCGAAUGUCGGUUAUAUUAAGAGACGAGGAUGGGAAGAUACUCUUACUCAGCAAAGGAGCUGAUAGUGUCAUGUUCGAGAGACUCGCUAAGAACGGAAGGGAUUACGAAAUGGAGACAAGAGAGCACGUGCAUGAGUAUGCCGAUGCCGGGCUGAGGACAUUGAUAAUUGCAUACCGGGAGCUGAAUGAAGAAGAAUACAACGCGUUCGAUAAAAAUUUUAUGCAGGCCAAAAAUUCAGUCAGCGCUGAUCGUGACGAGCUGAUCGAAAAAGUGACUGAAGAAGUCGAAAGGGAGCUGAUUCUUCUCGGAGCGACAGCUGUCGAGGACAGGCUACAACAAGGGGUUUCCGAGUGUAUCGACAAGCUUGCGCAGGCAGGAAUAAAGAUAUGGGUUUUGACAGGGGAUAAAAUGGAAACAGCGAUCAACAUUGGCUAUGCUUGUAGCUUGCUCAGACAAGGAAUGAAACAGAUUACUAUUACAUUGGACACCCCUGAGAUUGUCGGCUUGGAGAAAAUCGGUGAAAAGGAUGCCAUUGCCAAGGCCUCGAAGAAAAGCGUUGUCCAGCAGGUCAUCGAAGGGAAGAAUCAGGUUGCAAAAUCGGAGUCCGAGGCUUUUGCUUUGAUCAUUGAUGGGAAAUCUCUUGCAUUCGCGCUGGAGGACGAUGUCAAGAAAAUGUUCCUCGAACUGGCGAUUGUCUGCGCUUCGGUAAUAUGUUGCCGUUCGUCGCCUAAACAGAAGGCGCUGGUAACAAGGCUUGUCAAAGAAGGUACGAAAAAGACUACUCUGGCGAUCGGCGAUGGAGCCAACGACGUUGGAAUGCUUCAAGAAGCGGAUAUCGGGAUUGGAAUCAGCGGCGUCGAAGGAAUGCAGGCUGUAAUGUCGAGCGAUGUUGCGAUAGCGCAGUUCAGAUUUUUGGAGCGACUACUUCUCGUGCACGGACAUUGGUGUUACCGAAGGAUCGCUUCGAUGAUUUGCUACUUCUUCUACAAGAACGUAACGUUCGGGAUCACCGUCUUCAUAUACGAAGCUUACACAUCCUUCUCCGGACAACCUGCGUACAACGACUGGUUCCUGUCCCUCUACAACGUGUUCUUCACAUCGCUACCGGUGAUUGCUCUCGGAGUCUUUGACCAGGAUGUUUCUGCUCGGUUCUGCCUAAAGUUUCCGUUGUUGUACCAAGAAGGAGUGCAAAAUGUUCUUUUCACCUGGCGACGAAUAAUCGGGUGGAUGCUCAACGGUGCGGUCAGCGCUGUAAUAAUAUUCUUUUUCUGCACGAAGGCGCUGAAUCCUCAAGCAUUCGACGAAAACGGUAAGAUAGCGGAGUACCAGGUUGUCGGGGCUACGAUGUACACGUGCGUCGUCUGGGUCGUGAACUGCCAGAUGGCGCUCGCGAUCAGCUACUUCACGUUGAUACAGCAUGUUUUCAUCUGGGGCGGGAUCGCGUUUUGGUACCUCUUCCUCGUGAUCUACGGGUCGAUGCCUAUCAACUUUUCGACGACGGCGUAUAGAGUGUUUGUCGAUUGCCUCGCCCCGACUCCGUCUUUCUACGUCGUCACGCUCUACACGGUUGUUUCUGCGUUGACGCCGUACUUCUCGUACAAGGCUGUUCGGAUGAGAUUUUUUCCAAUGUACCAUGGGAUGAUACAGUGGAUACGGCAUGAGGGUCGCGCAGACGACCCGGAGUUCUGCAACAUGGUGAGGCAGAGGUCGAUAAGACCGACUACCGUUGGAUUUACGGCGCGCUCGUUGGCGCGGACGAAUCCUUUGCACGACAAAACGAGCCGCCGGUAGGGCCGCCGGAGUAUGAUUCUCCGGUGGGUUUGUGCAGUUGUCUUUACACAUUUUGUAUAGUUUGAGGUUAGGGGAGGGAGAUUCAUACAUACAAUUUUGUUGUAUUUUUUGUAUUUUGUUGUCUCAUACAUAACAAAAACACAUUUACACGAGAAAAAAAAAAAAAGGACAAAUAGUGUGUAGCUAAUUUAGCAACACAUUAUUGAUUUUAUCACAAAAUAUAUGAAUACAAAUAUAUUAUCUAUAAAAGGAGUAUAAUAUAACAACACAUUAUU